CUUCACCCUGUUCAUGAGAACGAAGACCUCCCUGCCAUACAAUUGAGGCAGCAAAUCUUCCCUCCACCGCUGCGAAGCCCGCCUUGACUUUCGCAACCAAACAUACACUUCCUGCCACCAACGAUCAACACAAUCUAGGCACCCUUUCCUGCCACCAUGUCCGACUCAAGUGAAUACUGCGGAGACACGUUCGAGCGGUUCAACGACCUCUCUAUAGAAUUACACUCGAGGGUCUGGAAGAUGGCAUCUUUCAUUCCUAGAACCGUGAGCAUCGAGUCGGACAUGCGCUUCUCGAACCGCCACAACAUUGAUAUGCCCCACGACAUGCCUACUGCCUACACAACCUCAAGUGGUGUGCCGGCAAUACUCCACGUCUGCCAAGAAUCACGAAACGAGGCACUGAAGCACUACAGCUUGGAACUAGGAUCUCACUUGGAAUUGAGUACUAGAGGUAGUAUAGGACGCAGAUACACUUUUUUCAUCCCGCCCACCAUAUACAUCAACUGGACGGUAGAUACACUUUACGUGCCGCGUGUUAUUGAACUUAUCUAUGAGGACAGCCCAAACUUCGUCGAGCUAUUUGAAUCCAGAGGCCUGACUUCGCUUGCUCUGUAUGCCGAUGCAGAGAUGGUUGAUUUUGCGUUCAGCAUUCUCCCAGUGCGAGGAGCUUUGAAGGAAAUCAUCCUGUUGUCGUGCUCAGCAGACCUGGCUGAGAAGCUUGGGAUUAUUGACUUCGUCGACAUCAAAGAGAUACCUCAAGAUCCAGACUGGCGCAAGAUUGGGGGACUUAUCGAGAAUCCCGAAGGCCAGGGCGCGUGGAACUCGAUGCUGGAGGGUGACCAUAGAGAUCUGCUUGCUUAUCUAGGAUAUCCAUCGAGUGAGCGUACUACUUCUCUGCCCAAACUUCGCCUCUGCGAGGUCAAGCGCUGACUAUCUUCUGAUGGUGGUGGAGACAUGUAUCGAAGUCCUUGUAGGCUGGCAAGUUCUCAGCUUUGGGGUCUCAAGCGUAAGCACAAUGGGUGGCAGAGAGUACUACACCACAGCGUCUAGCUGUAAGGAUACCAGUGUGACUUUGCUGACAAGGCGUCUUAAAAGUUGCUCAAAUUGUAGAUUGUUAGCUGGCAUGGAGGCAUAAGGAAC